AUGGCGGGGCCAGAGAACAUUAAGCAGUAUGUGCCUUUGACAUGCCACGGUCACUCAAGACCUGUUACGCACAUUAGCUUCUGUGGAUUCGUGGACGGAAAGGAUGACGAGUAUUACAUGAUAUCAGCAUGUAAAGACAACAAUCCUAUGCUAAGAAGCGGUAUCAACGGCGAUUGGAUUGGUACAUUUUUUGGACAUAAGGGCGCAGUUUAUCAAGCUAGACUUUCUCCGGAUGCCAAAUACGCUGCGACUGCUUCCGCGGAUUUCACUGCAAAGGUCUGGGAUACCUACACUGGAGAAACCCUCUAUACUAUUCAGCAUCAACAUGUCGUUCGAGCUGUCGCAUUCCCUCCCGAAUCCAGUACUACUCUUGCGACAGGAGGAACCGAUAAGAAACUUUUCCUUUUCGACCUCGCAAAACUUAAUCCUACCGGAGCAAACGGCGCAAUUUCCAACGGGAACGUGACCGACACUACAAAUAUUUCACAAGAUGAUGGCUUUGAGAUUGGACCGGGUGUUCACAAAGGAACAAUCAAGGCCGUUGUUUGGACUCGGGACCCAAAUAUUAUAGUUACAGCAGCAGAUGAUAAAGUCAUUAGAUGGUGGGAUCUACGCACGCAAUCGGUCGUUCAAGAACAAAAGGUUGAUGGCGAUAUCGGUUCAUGCGAGUUUAGCAAUAUCGGAUCUGGGCCAGGAGAUAUUGGUGAAGGGUUGCCUAUUUUGUCAAUUGCUGCAGGGAAGACAUUAUACUUCUAUGGCGGACCAGCUGCAAACACUCUUAUCAAGAAAGUUGUCUUGAAUUAUGAGGUUGCUAGCGUAGCGAUUCACCCCCUUCAACGAAAAUACAUCACUGGUGGAAUUAAGGAUACAUGGGCGAAGGUCUAUGAUUUUGAUUCUGAUCAAGAACUUGAUGUUCACAAAGGACAUCAUGGACCAAUCUGGAGCAUCAGCUUCUCUCCUGAUGGAAAAUUAUAUGCUACAGGUAGUGAAGACGGUACGAUUAAGAUGUGGAAGAAUUGCCCUGGUUCUUUCGGAUUAUGGAGAGCUGAAACAUAG